CCAUCACAACCAAGAUGGCGAACAGAGGAGUCGGUUCGCCUUUAAGAUGAGCUGGAAUUAAUUAGGCGGCAUCGAACUGAAAAUAAACAAUCCAGUGAAUGUAUGGAAAAAACCCGAUAAUGAAACAUCAGUGGAGUCAAACCUCUCUCACUACCUAAGAGGAUACGAGACCUUGUUUUUCCCGGUGAUAGAGAGCUGGGAAGAUUAGGUGAAAGCAAAAGCAGAACAACUUCAGCCCUGGGAAAAAAGGAUGUAAUCAAAACACAGUGGCUUAGAAGUGGAAAGCAGAAAAUAUAGAUGGAAAGCACCUGCCUGCAUGGGGAUUUCAGAGGCCUUCAGAGAAUAAGCCCUCUUUAGACGGGUUUUCUGGGAGGAAUUGUAAAAUCGACCAGGUGCAGAAGAGGCUCCAGAGAUGCGGUUUCCUGGUGACUGGGCUUGGCUGGGCUCCCCAGAGUGGUUCUUCCAUCCCCUGCCUGUUCUCCUCAGCCUGCAAUGAAACCCCUGUACCAGCUCAACAAUAAAACACUAAAGAUGUGACGGUAGUUCUCAUUACUACCAAUUAACCCGACGUCUCUGACACCUUUUCAUUUGGAAGUAAUGGAGAUAGACCCUGCUGGGAUGGAAGAUGAUGGAAGACAAAGGCCCUCGUGUUGCCGACUACUUUGUGGUAGCUGGCUUGACAGACUCGUCCACACCUCUGGAGGAGGAGCUUCACUUCAAUGACAUCUGCCACAAGACAGCAAAGCCCAAGGCCCCCAUAACUGAUGUUGCUGUUAUCAUCCGCUCGCUGGGCGAGGAGGUACCCCAGGGGUACACCUGUGUGGCCACCACGCCCUCCGGCCUCUCUGCUGACCUCAACAAUGGCAGCCUAAUGGGUCCCCAGAUAUUUCUGUGCUACAGGAGGGGCCGGGACAAGCCUCCUCUCACUGACCUUGGGGUCCUGUACGAGUGGAAGGAGAGGCUGAAACAGGGCUGCCAGAUCAUCCAGACCACGCCCUCAGGCCGCCCUGCCAACAUCAGCAGCACAUCAUCCCAGAGAAUAUAUGUCACGUACCGCCGAGCCCCUGAUAGCCUGUCCCACACCUCCCUCGCCGUCACCGACAUCUGCAUCAUCAUCCCUGGCAAAGGGGAGACGCCCCCACACACGUUUUGCAAAGUGGACAAGAACCUCAACAGCAGCAUGUGGGGUUCAUCAGUCUAUCUUUGUUACAAGAAAUCAGUGGCGAAAACCAACACCAUUGCAUACAAAGCAGGUCUCCUAUGCAGGUACCCGGAAGAGGAUUACGAAUCAUUUCCUUUGCCAGAGUCCGUGCCUCUGUUCUGCCUGCCUAUGGGCGCCACCAUCGAGUGCUGGCCCUCUCAGACCAAAUACUCCCUGCCCGUCUUUUCCACCUUUGUACUGACAGGUGCCUCGGGGGAAAAGGUGUAUGGUGCAGCCAUUCAAUUUUAUGAAUCCUAUCCUCAAGAGAAACUGACAGACAAGCAGCGGACACAGCUGAGCCUUUCAAACACCACCCGUAAAUCCAUCGUUUCGAAGGCUGUACACACCAACAAGUGCAUCUGUCUGCUGUCCCACUGGCCCUUCUUCGAUGCCUUCAGGAAGUUCCUCACAUUCCUUUACCGCUACUCAAUUUCUGGACCCCAUGUGUUGCCUAUUGAAAAGCACAUAUCUCAUUUCAUGCAUAAAGUACCUUUCCCAUCAUCUCAGAGACCCAGGAUUCUAGUGCAGCUGUCCCCACACGAUAGCCUGAUGCUGAGCCAGCCUGUUUCAUCACCUUUACCACUUAGUGGAGGCCGAUUCUCCACUUUGCUGCAGAACUUGGGUCCUGAAAAUGCCGUCACACUGCUGGUCUUUGCUGUCACUGAGCAUAAAAUCCUGGUGCACUCGCUACGGCCAGCUGUGCUGACCAGCGUGACUGAGGCCCUCGUUUCCAUGAUAUUCCCUUUCCACUGGCCUUGCCCAUACAUCCCACUGUGCCCUCUGUCACUAGCAGAUGUGCUGAGCGCCCCAUGCCCCUUCAUCGUAGGGGUGGACUCUCGGUAUUUUGAUCUGUAUGAUCCCCCUCCUGAUGUCAGCUGUGUGGACCUGGACACUAACACCAUCUCACAUACUGAAGAUAAGAGGGCUUUGACAUGGAAAAUCCUGCCAAAGAAAGCCUGCAAAAACCUGAUGAAUGUCCUGAAUAAUCUCUACCAACAACUGGCAGAAGCCCAACAGAGACCCAGAGAGGAUGGGCUGAUGGAGCUAACUAUGAGCGACUAUGACUUCAACUCUGGGAAGACUCUGCAGACUCUGGAAAUGGAGAUCCAGGAAGCCUUUCUGCGAUUCAUGGCUUCUAUUUUAAAGGGUUAUCGCUCCUACCUGCGGCCCAUCACACAGGCACCCUCUGAGAAGGCCACUGACGCUAGCUCCCUCUUUGACCUGCAAGGGUUCCUGAAGAGCCGUGAUCGCUCCCAUCAGAAGUUUUACUCCCUCAUGACCAAGACGCAGAUGUUCAUCCGGUUUAUAGAAGAGUGCUCCUUUGUCAGUGACAAGGAUGCCAGUUUGGCUUUCUUUGAUGACUGCGUUGAUAAACUGUUCAGCACAGAACGCAGUGCAGAUAAAGCAACCAAGGUGGACAGUGAUCGUCAGGAGGAGACGCGUCUAAUCGAACUGGAUGAGUCACACCGCAGUGAGCACACUGUGUUCAUCACCCCCCCAGAGCUUCCCCCUCUGCCUGAGGGAGAGGAGUAUCCCCUGCAGUAUAGUUACAAUGGUUUUCCUGUGCUGAGCCUUGAGCUUCUUGACCGUCCAGAGGGGCUGCGGAUCCCCACAACCCGACUAACUUCACGACCCAGCUGCCCAACCAGUCCAGCACCCAUGUUCCGCCGGACCAAGCAGGAAAUUAAAUCAGCGCACAAGAUUGCCAAGAGGUAUUCGUCAAUUCCCCAGAUGUGGUCUAAGUGCCUGCUGCGGCACUGUUAUGGCCUGUGGUUUAUCUGCCUGCCCGCCUAUGUAAAGGUUUGCCACUCAAAGGUGCGCGCUCUCCGCACUGCCUACGACGUGCUGAGGAAGAUGCAGAUGAAGAAGCUACAGCCCCCUGAUGAGGUGUGCUAUCGUGUUCUGAUGCAGCUCUGUGGACAGUAUGGCCAGCCUGUGUUAGCAGUCCGAGUUCUCUUUGAAAUGAAGAAGGCUGGGGUUCAACCUAAUGCCAUUACCUAUGGUUACUACAAUAAGGCUGUGUUAGAGAGUACCUGGCCUUCCAGCACCCGAGGUGGCUAUUUCCUGUGGAUGAAGUUAAGAAACGUUGUGCUCGGGGUGGCACAGUUCAGGAGAGCACUAAAGAAACAACACGUUACCCCUGUGCAAACCCCUCUCUCAGAUGGCAGUGACCUGGAUGCUGUCAGUCAUGGCAGCCUGGAUAGCUCUAACGACACUAACACCGCGGAGCAGGGCCCCUUCUCCACUGACUUAAUCAAAAUAGAUUCCACUGACGAUAGAUCUAGCACAGGAGGACAGUCUGACCUGGGGUAUAACUCGCUGUCGAAGGAGGAGGUCCGGCGGGGGGGCGCAGCCAGCCAGGACAACACCCCCGACAAGGAGGAUAAGAAGGAGAGCGACUCCAGCUCCUUGUCUGAGAGCGAGAGUCCCAAGGGCAGCGGGGACUGCCUCCCCCAGCUGGGCUACCCGGAGGCGAGCUGUACAUUCCAGCCCAGCGGUGGCAUCGUCCGUGCCAACUGUCCAUAUGACAGCUCAGCCACCGAGGCCAGCAACUCCAGCAGCGACCAUGUGGCAGGCCUGCUCUUCACCACCUCCCUGGAAGAGAUCGGGCUGGUUCAGAGUAGCAGUCUGCGCCGGAGGCACAAGAGUGCAGCUGAAGGAGGGGCGGGGGCACUGGACUGGGCCGGGGUCAGAGGUCGGAGACUGAGUGGGGACACAGCAGGGGGGGUGCUAGGAUUGGGGAUGAACAGAGGAGGGGUGCUGGAGACAGACCCGCAGAAGAUUGCAGAAAAGCUGGGGGCUGAUGCCAAGAUACUGGCCAGUACUUUCCAGACAAAACAGACGCCAAAUACUCUCAUCUCAGGAGAAGGUGUUUCAGGGACAGCACAAAGGCCUACUACUUUGGACAUCGGCUCAGGACACAGACCCACAGCAGGGGGCGCUCACAGGCACAGAGACAGCUUGGAGAGGGACUCCAGUGAUGACGACAAAACCGAAUCUCCAGCUAUCUUCGACCUGGAGGACUUGGAUGGGGAUGCAGGUGAGGGGGAGACUCGGGCAAGGGACAAACGAGUGAGACGCAUGGAGCGCAGCAGCAGCAGCAGCAGCUUCCUGGGCCAGGCGGUGAAGAGGACUGGCAUCAAGAAGGGCUUCGACCCGCUGUCACUCCUGGCAGCUGAGACAGAGCAGCUGCAGGGGGAGGAGCCGGAGGGGGGUGGCGGAGACAUGAGCACCCCCUCAGCCCGCCGUGACCUUGCUGAGGAGAUCGAAAUGUACAUGAACCACAUGAGCAGUCCCCUGAGCAGCCGGGCACCCAGUAUGGACUUGCAGGACCCCGUGAGCCCCCAGCCUGCCUCCCGUCGCUCCAGCCUGCCCCACAGUUCCCCUCGCCCCACGGGCCUGUCCCGUUCGCGUACCUACCAGUCCCAAGGAGAGAGCCGUCCCCGAGACCGCCUGUGGUCUUCACCAUCCUUCUCCCAGGGCAGCCCUCGCAGGGACCAGGAGAGAGAUCCCCUGGCACUGGCCUCCCCCUCCACCUCCUCCUUUGCCUUGGACAGCCUCCUCACCCCCACACUGGAUGUCUUCAAGAGUAGCGUCUUCUCCGCGGGGAAGGGUGUGGCAGAGAAAGCCAGCCGCUGGUACUCCCGGUUCGCCACCUACACAGUCCCCAGCAAGGCUCAAGAUGUGAACAGUGACAGGACCAGCGUCUCAUCUGUGGGGGCCAGAGACCCUGACGGCUCUUCCCUGCUGGACGAGGAGCCCGGUCUGGAGCCCGAGGGGGCUGUGUCCCCCCAGCACAAUGGCAUCACUGGCCCCAACAAGAGCCCUAACAAGGCCAGCCCAAGCAGCCCCCCCUCGCAUCACAGCACGACCCGACAACCCUGCCCCACGGGCUGUUUCCUGUCUUCAGCCUCCAGUUUCCCCUUGCCAGACAAAUCUGAGCUGGGCUCCUCACGUUACACCAGCAACACCAGCAUCUUCCAGAACUAUGCCAUGGAGGUGCUAAUCUCCAGUUGCUCGCGCUGCAAGACAUGUGACUGUCUGGUAUAUGACGAGGAGAUCAUGGCUGGCUGGAUGGCUGAUGACUCCAACCUUAAUACCACCUGCCCCUUCUGUGGAAACCCCUUCCUGCCUUUCCUCAACGUGGAGAUUCGGGACCUGCGGGGGCCUGGCCGGUACUUCCUGAAGAACAGUCCGUCAGUAGAGGAGGGUGUGUCGUCAUCAUACUCUGUCUCUACUGGGCUGGGGCCAGGGCAGUCUGCACUCCUCCCGCCUCUUCCAGCCAUGGCCCUCUCCCCUCCAUCUCCUAAAAUCAUUGUGCAGAAGUGCCCCAGCAGCAACAGGAGCACCUCUCUUGGCUACACUCCUGCCCACUGCAUUAAUAUCCCCACGGAGAGACGACAGAGCUCUGGGCCCUCAGGGGCCCCAGUGGUCCGCAGUGUCAGCACCUGUGAACCCCUAGAGGAGCACCCAGGCCCCCACAGAAACGGCCACUGUGUCUCCACAGGUAGCCUGCCCAGCAGACUCAACGACAGCACGGAUCCCCUGAGCCUGGACUGGCGUCUCCACAACCCUGAGCCCGUAACAGUUCCAUACCUAAGUCCGCUGGUGCUAUGGAAGGAACUGGAAAGCCUGAUGGAGAACGAGGGGGACCAGGUCAUCACUGUAUCUGACAUUGUGGACCACCAUCCCAUUGUGUUCUGGAACCUGGUUUGGUAUUUCCGCAGGCUGGAUCUGCCCAGCAACCUUCCUGGCCUCAUCCUUACUUCAGAACACUGCAAUCGGGGUACCCAGGUGCCGCGACACUGGAUGUCUGAAGACAGUAAGCAUGUGUUAAUCCAGAUCCUCUGGGACAAUCUGAAACUGCACCAGGACCCCAUCCAGCCCUUCUACAUCCUUUGGAACACACACAGCCUGAACUACCCGGUGAUGAGCUCAGUACGAGAGGAAGAGGAGCCUUUUGGAGAGGAGCUGCUGCAGAGUGUGGUGAAGAGCAUCCAGAUGAAUGACGUGUACCGGCCCAUGAGUCAGGUCCUAGAGAUCCUGGGACAGCAGCUGGGCAUGAACAGGCAGAGGAGCUUGUACAGGGAUAUCCUGUUCCUAUCGCUGGUCGCUCUGGGCAAAGACAACAUUGACAUUGAUGCGUUUGACAGAGAGUACAAGAUGGCAUACGACCGGCUCACCCCCCGCCAGGUCAAGCUGACACACAACUGUGACCGGCCCCCCAGUGCCGGGGUCAUGGAGUGCCGCAGGACCUUCGGGGAGCCUUACUUGUGACCCCACGCCUCCGCCCCUCUCCAGCCUGCUUCUGCUGCUGCUGUACAGACACAGCUGUGUCCACUGCCUACCCCCUGCCGUCUCCCUGCUGCAGUCUGCGCACCUGCCCCGCAGGCCAGGCCUGCCAGUCCGCAGGGCCCAGCAUGCAAACUGCCAAAGCUGUAAGAGAGCCGCCUUACCCGUCACUCCCUCUAGGCCUUUACAGCCUCCCCACCUGCCCCUUUUCCAGGAGGGGGACCUAUCUGUUUCUGCCCCCAGUGUUGCAGUGGUGACCAUCUGAAGGAAGGCCCAGUUAGCAACCCCGAUUUUCUCAUCUCCCCACACUGAUGUCUUCGAUUGAGGUCGACUCCUUAGCACUCUGACAAAGGCCUGGAGAGAUUAGGGUGCCAGUGUAAAGAAAUGGUGCUGUGCCCAGUGGCCAGACUCACACACUAGUCUAGGGGAGUGCCACCCCGUUGUACAUUCUGGCGAGGAAUAGAGUGACUGUUUAUUUCGCAAAUUGUUUGCACAAUGUGUACCAGGCUUCAUUAAUAUAAAACCUUUUAUCUGUGCUAGACACUAGACAAUAAAAAUGAUGUGGUAUUACGGGGUAAUUUUAAAGAUUAUACAGAAAUGAAACUGUAAAGGUUAUGUUGGAUACAAUGCAAAUGUACUGUAUAUAGAACAUUAGAUUUUUUUAUAAAAGAACAUUUGUAUUAUAUAGUCAUAUGAUAUAAAGAUUAAAUAUUGGCAAUAUUUUACCUAACUUUGGAACUGUUUAUACAAACCGUCUUUAUUUAUUACAGUUUGUCUUAAGUUUUUAUGCGGGCUUUUGUAGUGGUUGUCUGUUAUUACUAGUCCAGGUGACAGUUUGUUACCAUGGUUAUGUAAAUGUUGACUGUUAGUAAGACCCAGUGCGUCUGUUCAGUGUGCACCACAUUUAUGCCUCUUUUUCAAAUGUAAACUUUAUUUUUAAACUUAAGGUCUUUGUUUUUAGGUUUAGAUACAGAUCCAGGCUAAGAAUAUAGUCAUGUGAACCAUGGCUAUGAGAAUCACAGUCCCUGGAUAGGUGUGCUCAUUUUGGUUUGGUUAAAAUUUGGGCUGAACAGAUUUGCAAAACGACUCACCUAUGGUAAGUUGCUUUUGCAUUCUAACUUUAUUUGGUCCAGAUUUCACUGUCCACUACAGAGAAGUUAGCUAAUCCAGUUAGAAAAGGCACAUCUCCUGAAACCCAGUGCACCUGUAAUCUUUUCCAAUAGGAACAAGUAAUUUCUUUACAAACUGAGGGCAAACAGCCUAAAACAGACAAGAUAUUCCUGGUGGUGUCUCAGAGAGUGUAGUAGGGUCAUCUGUUACUCCGUUGGUUUAGAAUGUUUAAAAGGAUGUUGGUGGGCAUUAUGUCAUUUAGUGCUAUUUUCUUUGCCUGCAGACGUCAUGGGUAAAGGGACAAUGAAAGUAUUGUUGAGUAUUAUCAUCUUGUUAUCAUCAACAUGCUGCAUGAGGUCCAUUUUGAUUGGUUUCUGAAGUGAGAGUAAACACUGUUACUGGCUGUUCAGAGGAGCUGGGCCUCCAGACCCAGUUUUAGGUGGAAAGGGAGAGGUUUUCAUUAAUGUUGCUCAGGUUUCUUAAAAUGUUCUAUCCUGCAGAAGAGUCUGGAAGGUGAAGUCACCUUUUCCCUGUGUGUAAUGUGCAUACCUGUCCUGCUCUCUGGUCUUGCAUUUCAUCCCGGAUCACAAGGACUAGAACUGCAGACAGCACAUACAGCUGAGAUUGUUUUAUAAUGUUGUUGCAUGGCUAACAUCACUUAUCUAAUUAAUGUUAAGAAAGCAUUUAUCAUAUCAGUUUUAAAUUUAAAAACUGCUGCAAUUGUGUUGAGGUUUUCAAUUCAAGGGCCUUACUCUACAUCUUCAACAGCAAAUUUUCAAAAUGUUUGCACAAAAUUUUAAAAAUAUAUUGCAAUUGCUUUCUACAUCUAAGGAUGUUUUUCUUCUAGCUUUAUGUAAUUUAUGUCUUUAAUGUAAAAUGCCUUUGUAUUAUUACAUUGAUUAUACUGUACAUAACAUCCAUAAUAUUAGAAAACCAAAAAAUAAGUGUACAUCCAAAAAUGUUCAUAUGUUUUAACAGCACUUUUUAAACUGCUCAUAACAUGGAUUUUAAACUGCUUAAAGAAGAAAUGAAAAGCAGUGUUACUUUAAAUUUGUCCUAGUAUAGCAAUACCAUUAGCCUUUAGAUGUGUUCGCAAGUCUUCACUAAAUGUAAGAUCUUCAAAAUGUGAUUGAAAAGCAACUAAUUGUGAGUUUUAUGCUUCUGAUGGACAUGUGUACAUAAUGAAGCAAACACUCUGUACAGCUGCCAAAACCACUGGAGUAUACUCACGAAGACCAUACAGAAUACUGUAUAGACUAUUAAAUUAUAACUCAUAGAGUACCUGUAUGUUUCAUUACAAGUGUACUAAAUAGCAGCUACAGUUUACAGAAAUACUGUACUUCAUAUAUAGCUUUUUCAUAAGUUAUAGGAAUGUAGUGCAGCAUACUCCAGUGUUUUUGCACUUUUUUGUUUUAGCUUUUUGUGGGGUGAACACAGCACUUCACACAGUUACCUUGUGUUAGUCAGGUGAGCCUGAAGCUCAACAGCAAUGAAAAGUUACUUGGUUUGUGCCAACUGUACAUGGAACAAACCAGAUGUGGAUAGGAACACAAUCCAUGUGAAUAUUCAAAUUUGUACAGAGAACAUCUGUCUACUGCCUUGACUUCCAAUGCUUUUAAAAUCUUUUGGUGCUGUCUGGAAUCUUUUUCUGUGUGUUUGCUGGGCAGUCAGUUCCUUACUAGUUAGUCUAAGUUAGGACUUGCACUUGGCUCACAGUUUAGAUGCUUUAUAAAGCUGAGGAGUUAUCCAUACAUCUUUGAAGACAUUAUAUUAAACUAUUUAAAAAUAAAAGUGUAAAUUGAAGUGUUAUUAAUAGAAAAUGUAUAAAUAAGUGGUACUCUUAAUGCUUUACAUAUGUUUUCUGUUAAAAUAAAUUUAUUUAUAUAUAAGUGUUUAGAUUUUUUAAAAUGUAAUGUUUGUGAAGUCAUGCAGAAAUGAAGCUUUUCUUAGCAGUACAAUCAGUAGCCUGGAUGAAGCAAGAUGUGCAGUGGGAAUCCUUCAUGGUGUGACUGACCCUGGUUCACAGACAUCUCAUUCAGAAAUGAAUCAAUGUGAUCUCUGUAUGAGCAGAUACCAGGCACCACACCUCACAGUCUUUAAGGCUGCCUUGUAGACAGAAGACAUUGGUCCCCAAAGGUGUUUUGUGGUUGAUAAAUUUAUAUGUACUAUUUACAGCUAUAUUACUCCAGUUUAAGGGCAUUUAAAUUACAGGCUUAUAAUACGUCCAGAAAUGUAUUUUACAUCAUUAAAAAAAAAUUCUGAUUAUUGGAGGGUUAAUCCGUCUACAUUAUGCAGAUGGGGCUUUAUGAUGUUACACUACACUACCUUGAGUGAUAAAUGACUGUUGAUUGGAGGAGGAAUUACAGAAAUUAUGUAUUUAAUUGGAUGUUAGUUAACACAAUUGUAUACAUAGACAGUAUUUACCUUCAUUUUAGAUUUUAAUGAGGAACUGCAGUAAAGAAAAGAAAAUUACAUUGCUGCAAAAUUUAGGUGAACACAGUUAUGGUUUUGUUCUCCUGUAAGUGUUUCAGCAUGGAAUUCUAAGCACAUUUUCUGAGCUGGUGUCUAGUGCUGUGGCUGCAGGAGGAAGUCCUUUUAAAAGGAGUCCAAUGAAAUACAGCUACAUCCCUGACAGACCGCUGGUGAAGCAGUUCCUCUGUCCCUCACAUCAGCAGUAAUCAUGGGGCAAGCUCUGAAGAGUGCUAUGCAAGUGUGUUCAUGCUGCUACUUAUCAAUGUAAAGUGAUUAUUAAUUUUUCACAAAGCAGUUUUAACAGUUCACCCCAACUGGCAACAUGCAGUACAUGCAGAGGAAAUGUAACUGAAUGCCUAGACCAUCACAUUAUCUGUUAUAUAGAAGGGGCACUUUAAAAAAUAAAGAAAAUACUGAGACAUCUCCUCAUACCUCUGGACUAUUUAGUGCAUAUAGGACAUUGUAAAAUUUAUCAGCUCUUUGCUAUUUUUUUGUAAUUUCUGAAUUCUUCAUAGUGUUUGAAAUGUUUACAGAACUGUACAGAAAGCCAGUCUGGGUCUUGGGAAUGGGCAACAAAUUCUGUGUUUGAAUCUGCAUGGUACUUUGUAAUUCUGUAAAUAAAUUCACUCAUACUGUAAAUCCA